GCUGGGGCCGUGGAGUGGUCUCGGUGCAGUCCUUGGUAGAUCGGCCCGCUGCUCGGAAGCGCAGUGCUGGUGGGGUUGUCAUUUAGAGCUGGCGCAUCAGUGAGGAUGGACGCGCUCUGAACAAACCUUCGUCGACCUCAUCCACGCAGCGUGAUCCUUCUAAGCACUCGACCAGGGGCUCACCAUGAUGUCGUCCUACUACCACACCGGCAAGGAAGCAGAUAUGGCAGCCAUGACAGAGCCGUUGUGUCUGGAGAGAGAUGUGUGCAGGGUGGUGGAGCUCCUAGACCGGCUGCAGAGAAGUGGGGAACUGCCUCCGCCCAAACUGCAGGCUCUCCAGAGGGUUCUCCAGAGCAAGUUCUGCGCAGCCAUCAGAGAGGUGUACGAGCAGUUGUAUGACACACUGGACAUCGUGGGAGGCCCUGAAGUGCGUGCACAGGCUGUGGCUAAGGCCACAGUGGCAGCAUUUGCCGCCAGUGAAGGCCAUGCCCACCCGCGCGUGGUGGAAUUACCCAAGACAGACGAGGGGCUGGGCUUCAACAUCAUGGGUGGCAAAGAGCAGAACUCCCCCAUCUACAUCUCCAGAGUGAUCCCCGGGGGAGUAGCUGACCGGCAAGGGGGCCUCAAGAGGGGAGACCAGUUGCUGUCUGUCAACGGAGUGAGUGUGGAGGGCGAGCACCAUGAGAAGGCCGUGGAACUGCUGAAGGCGGCUCAAGGCACAGUUAAACUGGUGGUGCGCUACACGCCCCGAGUCCUGGAGGAGAUGGAGGCACGUUUUGAGAAGAUGAGGAGCGCCCGGAGACGACAGCACACUACCAGCUACUCGUCACUGGAGUCCAGAGGUUAGCUGCCUACCCUCUCCAGACCCCCCAUGCCCCUCAGCCU